GUGCUGCUGCUCGCCCAAGCAGCACCUCCGCCCUUGGCGCUGGCACGGGCAAGAGCCACCUUCCUUGCCAGGGUUGUUCGAGCAGGCCCGACACCCUUGGGCACACUUUUGUAUGCUCAUUGGCAACAGUCACCCUCGACUGCCUGGCUGACACAGUUGGAAGCAGAUUAUCAUACUGUGGCUGCGUUUCUGCCCGAGGUUAAGGGCUUGAUCUCAGCCUCCUCUCCAGUCGAAGGCAUACUUGAGGCCCUUGACGUAGAUCCGAGAUGGUGGUUAAGGCAAACUGUCGCUGCAGCGCGCAGCUUCCACCGUGAUCUCGUCAAAUGGCGAGCGGCGGGCUCUGUCACGCCCCAGCCCGAGCCGGUUGAGGUUAAGGAGGCAGAGGCUGAAGCGAAGAGCCAUGCUACCAGGCUAAAAAAGGGGAUAUGGCAGGAAUACCUGCCACCGCGCGCGGCCAUACCGGCCUACGGCCCUCCGCUCCCCACCAAGGACGAACGGGCGGUAGGAAGGGACGAGGAAGACGAAGAGGUCUUUCUCUCUGAGUUACGCCCCACCUAUUCGCCGUCAACAGCCAUACGGCAAUGGCUAGAAGCGUACGUAGGAGGGGCGUCCAAAGAGG